GAGCAGUUGACGCACUCUCUCCCAGCCUGCUGCUACCUCUCGGUCAUUCUCACUCCGCCACAAACGCUACUCACCCUCGGUAGAGACAACGGCUGUAAACCAAAGCGGUCAGCAGGGGUCAUGAGGGUGUCGGAGACCCCGGUCGCUGUUCAGAGCAGCUGAAGCAGACAUGGGCAAAGAAGUCUCAGAUGGCAUCCGUAGGCUCGGCCUCAUCGACUUCACCGGCAGCAUCCUCCUUCGCCACAACCACCACUGGCUACGCAACAAGUUCUCUGUAUUUGCCAGCAUCUCCCAGUAAGACUUUGCAAUGAGAAUGUCCGAUUCCGUCGACACUGAAACGAUGAAGGUUCCCGAGGCCGCCGACACGGUACCGUCUCCGAAAGACAAUGCCACCAAGUCUGAGGUUUCCGACCAGAGCCAGAGCAGCAGGGACGAACACGGCAGCAACAAUAAGAGGGACGUACAGGAUGGAUUCCUUCUGCAGCCCUUCGAAAAGGAAGAACGAGCGGCGCAGGACCAGGCUGAGAAAGAGGACAGCUCCGACAAGGUGGACAAACCCGAGAAAACACAGAGGAAAAUGCUUUCCAGAGAUUCCAGUCAAGACUACACAGACUCAACUGGCAUAGAUCUCCAUGAGUUCCUGGUCAACACACUGAAGGGCAACCCCAGGGAUCGAAUCAUGCUACUGAAGUUGGAACAGGACAUCUUGGACUUCAUCAGCAAUAACGAAAGCCAAAAGAGAAAGUUCCCACCCAUGACAUCCUACCACAGGAUGCUGUUACACCGAGUGGCAGCCUAUUUUGGCAUGGACCACAAUGUGGACCCCAGUGGAAAGUCAGUGGUGAUCAACAAAACCACCAACACUAGAAUACCCGAUCAGAAAUUCUCAGAGCACAAGGAUGACAGGGCGGACGAUUUCAGAACGCUACAUCUCAAACGAGACAACUCCAGCUUUGAUCGUGAAGACAGCACGAUUCGAAUGCGUUUGAAAGCUGACAGGAGGAGCAAAUCGAUGGAGGAGAGGGAGGAGGAGUACCAGCGCGCCAGAGAAAGGAUUUAUGCACAUGAUGGAGAACACUUCAUACUAGAUAGAAGCGCUCAGGAUGAAGACGCAUGCAUGAGCACCCAACAGAGGCGGCAAAUGUUCAGGUUGCGGGCCAGCCGGUCAGGCGCCAGCAGGCAGAGCAGCUCCGAGACCGAGCCACGGCACGGCGAGCCCCGGCCCUGGAGCAGCACCGACAGCUCGGACAGCUCCAACCGGCUCGCCCCGCGGCCCCCCAUCACCAAGGCCAGCAGCUUCAGCGGCAUCUCCCCCGGCCUGGUCCGAGGGGACAGCACGGCCAGCAGCAAGAGCACCGGGAGGCUUUCCAAAACAGGUUCUGAAUCGUGCAGUAGCGUCGGCUCUUCGUCCAGCUCGCUAUCCCGUCCCCAGCUGCCUCUCCCGGUUUCCAACUCUACCCGCUCCAACAUGCCCGGCGCGCCCUUAAUCCACCCGGCUGCCGACACGAGAGGCUCGGGACACCCGGAGAUGAUCAAGAGCGUCCCUUCGCAGCUGCCGCCAGCCACAGACACACCGAACUAUUACGUGCUGUCGCUGGAAGCCUCAGGGAUACCGCCUGGCAGCGUACUGGUCAACCCACACACAGGAAAGCCUUUCAUCCAUCCCGAUGGCAGCGCUGUAGUUUAUAACCCGGCCGGCAUUGCCCCCGCUGCUGGCAGGAGCCCAAAUCAGGGGAAAACCCCACAGCAGCCAAUCCCUGCCGCAGGCCAGCAACAGCCAACCAAUCAUCUCCACUCCCAGCCUGACGCCCUGAACACCCAGUUCGGUCACAUGACUCUGGCGCCGCAGCAGCAGCACAGCGACACCGGCGCUUCAGCCCAAGACGCCCGCCACUAUCCUAACAUAUACCACCACCACCACCACCCCUCCACCAUGCUACUGCAGGGAGCGCCUCCGCAGCAGCUGGCUGGCUACAUGUUGGCAGGGCCAUCUGGAGGACACCCGGGGAUGCUGCCAGGUCAGCACGUCCCGCUCCAGACCCAGGGCCCAAACCACGCGUAUCACAGCAGCACCCCAGGCCCCUCCGCUUUCCCCGGGUCCACACUGAACCAGCAGCUCCUCCAGCAGCACACCUACAUCCAACAGCCUGUCCAGCAGAUGUCUACGUGUUACUGCUCUUCAGUUCACCACCCCCACUGCUCCAACCAGCAGCAGCAGCAGCAGCAACAGCAGCAACAGCACUAUCGGUCCCAAGUCAACACGCUGCCCUAUAACUGCCCUCAGAGCCAAAACCUGCCCCACCAACAAGUGCACCAAGCCGUGAUGCCAAACCCAGCGUCCAGCUACCAGACCGUAGUGGGCGUGCAGCCAACACCCAACCUCGCUCUCACUGGCAACCAGCAAAGCAAUAUGGGCAACCAGAUGCAAGGCAUGAUGGUCCAGUACCCUCCAAUGCAGUCAUAUCAGCAGGUUUCUGUGCCACAGCAGACGUACCAGCAGCCAGUGUUUGUGUCCUGCCAGCCAGGACAGGGGGCAAUGGCUGUCGCUGGCAUGCAGCCCUGCUACAGCCUCCUCCCCCCCAACCAGCACACCACCAUGAGUUCUACAGUGAGUUUUCUGCCCGCCCAGAUGAUGGAGCAGCUCCAGUUUUCUCAGACGUCGUCCCCUUGCGUCUCCCAGCAGCACCCAGGCCAGCAGUACGCAGGGUUGUUACCCCCGGCCCCCGGCAGCGGCAUGGUGAUGCUGCAAAUGACGGCGCCCCGGGCCCCCUCCCCCUGCCAGCGGAAACAGCCCAGCCACAAACACCCGGGCCCCGAGCACCAGCGAGGCCGCAGGCCCAUGGAGCUCCCCCUGCCUCCAGACAACACCCAGAGCAGCCUGCCCUCGUCUCCGGCGCUCACUCCUUCGCCAGGCCACCCGCCCAGCGUCAAGGGCCUCCCAUCAGGCAUCUCACCCAUCCCUGUCAUGGCCCACCACCCACAGCUCCCUACAGCCUUCUGCCACAGUGGACAAGGUGAAGCGCACUACUCUCUACUGGGCCAGCCUCUGCAGUACAAACCCUCCAUCAGACCUCCACUGAUCCACACUGCACACAUGGUGGCCAAACACCAGGGUCCGCUGGGGGUUUGGCGUAGCGGUCAUGGGAGGAAGGCCAGCAGAAAAACUCUGUCUUCAGAUCUCAGUGUAGGUGAAGCAGUGAGCAGUCAGAUCCUGGAAGUGACAGGUCCUCCGGAGGGGAUCAGCUGUACAGACUCCCACCACCUCCUGGCAGAGCUCUGCAAAGGGGGCGAAUUGAUCCAGCGGCUGUCGGACCAUCAGCCUUGGUUGCGCAACACAACCAGAGACGCUCCCAGCGGAAACCUGGCCUCAUCAUACUCUAUCUUUGCCAUGCUCCCCUCCAGAUACGCUGCCCAGAACACCGCGCUCCACCACAGAGGCCCCCACCACGCCACCUUUAAACUCCGAACUAGUACCAGACACAAAGGGGAGCUGUGUGACUCAGAGAAGGCCGGCUCAUAGCUGCUAAGUUCUUGGUGCAUUUUUUUUGUUGUUGUUUUUUUUAAGGAGCGCCACACGAAUGCACAUCCAACCACCUGCCUCUGCUGCCUCAGUCUGGACUGUCUCGGUUCAAAGCCCCAGACUCUGUCCAAACCGAAAACAGUAUCAAACGUUUGAAGAAUGAAUGUUCACUUGUAUUUUUAGUUCAUUUUUUUUAUCUUUUAUUUUUCUGGCCAACAGGUCUGUGCAGGGUGGAAACUGAACACCACCAGCCAGUUUGGUUUUCUUUGUAAAAAAUUUAUCCGUGGCUGAUGAGCUCAACUGGAGGCCCCCCCCCCCCCCUCCCCCCUCCUCUUUUCUAAAAGUGUUUGGAGAGUUUUGGGAUUUGUUUGCCAGCUAAAAAUGUUAGCGUCUCCACUGUGGCUCUUUUUUUAAUAGCAGGUGAACAAGUGUGAUAGCAGCAUAUCGAGCAGAACUUAAACAUAAUCGACCUGUUUCUGGUUCAACAAUGUUUUUUGUGCCCACUUUUAAAAUUAAAUUAGACAUUUGACAUUGACGCUCUUUACAAUAUUAUUGCAUUUAAAUUGAGUGUGUUUUAUUUUACUUUCAUCAAUAAUUCCUGCAGCUGUGUCCACGCUCGGUCCCGGGCGCCGACUCGACAAGGCGGACACAAAACUGAGCAGCAAACACAUUUAUCUCAUGUUAGGCACACAAGAAUGGGUUUCCUCUUGUAUAGCGUUCUUCAAACAGGCUCCAGCCAAUAACACACAGCAGCAUUUGUACAACGUGAGCCCAUACAAGAAUAAACACUGAAUAAUAGAUAUACAACCUGAAUAAUUUAAAGUCACUUUUAUACACAGUGAAUGUUGCAUUUGCACUGAACUGAUGAACGAGAUGGAGGUAUUUGGUUGGUCUUUGACAAGGGCCUGGAUUUUCUUUUAUUAAACCCCCCCCCUCCCAUACCUGUUUGUUGCACUCGGCCAGGCCACUUUCUUUUAUAUUUAAUUAAAAUGUUUAUAUGCACAAGAAAAAUGCAAUCGAGUUUGUCACUCUACUUGGCUUCUUUUUUUUCUUUUACUUUUUCUUUUUGGAUUUCAGUUUGUGUGAAUCAUGAGAGGUGUUUUGUCUGGUGUGACUUUUUUUCUUUUCUUUUUCCCCCAUUUUUGUGUUUGUUUGUUUUUGUUUUUGUUUUUGUUUUGUUUGACUCUAAUAAAUGUUUGCACCACACAUGUCGACUUAACUUUUUCCAGACUAAAAAGAUAAGCAAUAAUUUAAAUGAAGAUCAAUUGAAAUGUUUCCUCACAGCGGAGAAGGAUGGUCUCAAAGUGUAAAGAGAAAGGGGGGGGAAAGCAACAGA